AUGGGCCAAGCAACGCCCUUUCAGACAGAAGCUUGGACGGAGUAUGGCCUGGGAGUUGUCAUCAUUCUUGGUCGGAUCUUUGCGCGAUGGAAGAUCGUAGGGAUCAAGAACUGGCAGGGAGAUGAUUGGUUUUCCAUUGUAUCCUUGAUGUUUUGGACGGCGGAACUCGCCAUGUUGGAAGUCAUCGGCCAACAUGGAACCAACAUCGGGCUGAGCGAUGAACAGCGACUUGCCUUGACCCCCAAAGAGAUCGAGAACCUCGUCAUCGGCUCCAAGUCGCUACUGGCUGGCUGGACAUGCUAUGUCACGCUGAUCUGGUCGCUGAAGGCGUGCAUGUUAUUCUUCUACAACCGCUUGACACUCGGUCUCGUGCAGCAGAAGCUCGUCAAGCUUAAUGCUGUGAUGUGUCUGUGCACAUAUAUCGCCGUCAUCCUCACCAUCUUCCUUCACUGUCGCCCACUGCAUAAGCACUGGCAGGUCACUCCGGACCCCGGGGCAAACUGCACGGCAGACUAUGUCAACUACAUCGUCAUCGCCGUCACCAACGUCCUAACGGACGCCAUUCUCGUCACCAUCCCCGUCCCUCUGCUCGCCAAAGUCCGACUCACGCUCCGCCGAAAACUCAUCAUCGGCGUACUCCUCUGCGGCGGCAUCUUUGUCAUGUGCGCCACCCUCUUGCGCUGUAUCCUCUCCCUGCAGAGCAUCGACAGCAUCAACACCAGCACCAUCUGGGCCAUCCGUGAAACCUUCGUCGCCAUCAUCGCCGUCAACGCCCCCUGUAUCAAACCCCUCUUCAGCUCGUCUGUCUGGCUCGGUUCCUCCCGAGACCCCUCCAGCAAAAAUGCCCAGCGCUACGGCGCCGGCGGCAGCUACUCCCUCUCCAUCUUUGGCAAAUCCAAACCCAACCCCCUCGAGUCCAACGCGAGCAAGCUCGGCGAUCAGGGCAGCGACGAGUUCAUCCUGCGCGAGAACGGUGCGAGCACGUAUGUCCACGACGUGCGUGCGGGUCGGGGCCGACAGACGGAUGAGGAGGCGGGUAAGUUCGCCGACGGCGGCAUCCAGGUGACCACCAUGUAUGAGGUGAAACGGGGGGCGCCGUCGGGGCAGUGGUGA